CCUUCCACCUCUAAUUCCCAGCCCCAGAGUUGCCUCUUCCAGGCAGGCCUCCCCCCCACUUCUCCCUCCCCUCGCCCUCCUGCCUCUAAUUCCCUUCCCACCCACCCACCGACGGCAGCCCCAGAGCUGCCUCUUCCAGGCAGGCCUCCCACCCCCCCACACCUAAGGACGGGUCCGGAAAGGGGUCCGGGGCGCGGGGCCGGGCGGGAUCGAUCCGGGUCGAUGGGGCGGAAGGGGGAGAAGGCGGCCAGGGACAAGCUGGCCAGCCUGGCCCCGGUCUGCGAGGAGGAGCCCAAAAAUCCAGAGGAAUACCAGUGCUCCGGGAUCCUGGAGCAGGACUUCGUGGAGCUCUGCACCUUGACGGGCUACACGGACUUCCCCAGGGUGGUCCUCCGUCCCCACCCCACCGUCCCCCUGGGCCUGGACCGCCCGGGGCCUUCUGAGGAGCUGGAUUCCCAGGGGACGACCCUUUCCCAGAUCCAGAGCAAAUACACCUUCUUCCGGCCCUGCAUCCAGGUCGAGCAGGAUCAGGACGACCCCAGAACCACGCGGGAAAUCUUCAUCCGGGGGUGGAAGGUGGAAGAACGCAUGUUCGGGGUGUUCAGCAAGUGUCUGCCCGCGCUGAGCCAGCUGCAGGCCAUCCACCUGUGGAAGGCGGGUCUCACCGAGGAGACCCUGGGGUCCUUCAUCGCCCUGCUGCUCCGCUGCCCCACCGUCAAGACGGUGUCCCUGGAGGGGAACCCGCUGCCCGAGGAGCCCUUCCACCGGCUGCUGCAGGCCGAGGACCUCAACCUGCUGCACCUGUCGCUGCGGAACAACGCGCUGAGCGCGCGGGGGUCGCUGCUCCUGGGCCGGGCGCUCUCGUCGCUGCGCAGAGCCGACCGCAGCCUCGUCUCCCUCAACCUCAGCUACAACCGCAUCGGCGACGACGGAGCCGCCCACCUCGCCCACGGUCUGCGGCUGAACCGGUCCCUGCUGUCCCUGUCCCUGGCGCACAACCACAUCGGAGAUGCCGGCGCGCUCAGCCUCGCCCAGGUGCUGCACCCCUUCGAGCUGACCCACACCGAGGUGGUGGAGCGCCGCAGGCUCUUGCUGGACAAGGAGACGCAGGACCGGCUGCGCUCGGCCCCAUCGUCCCGCCUCUCGGACCCCAGGAGCGACCGGGGGGUGCCGGGGGUCAGCAGCACGACCAUCGACAAGGCGGAGAAGAUGCAGGCCGCCAAAGCCACCAAGAACGCCGCCAAGAAGAAGGAGAAGGACACGAGCAAGAAGGAGGAGAAGCCAGUUGCCGUGACGUCCUCCAUGCAGACCACCGUCAAGAAGGACGACCCCAAGGCCCCCAAAGGGAAGGUGACCACGCCGGACCCGAAGCCCGGGAGGGCGAAAAGCACCAAGAUGGGCGUCCGGGAGAAACGCUACCUGCCCCAGGAGAAUGAGCCCACCCCGGAGGUCACGGAGAUGGUCAAUCCGCUGCUGGAACCCGCGGAGCAUCGGGACGGGAAAGUUUUCCUGCCGGGAAACCUGGUCCUCCUGCAUCUCAACCUGCUGCGAAACAACAUCACGGAGGAGGGCCUCAAGGGCUUCCUGGAGGCGGUCACCUACCAAGUGCAGAACACACAGCAGGGCCAUCCGGCCAAAGGCACGUCGGGCCUGCUGCGGCUCGGGCUGGCGAAAAACGAUUUCCCCCCAACCUGCGAGACGUAUCAGAGACUCCAGGAGCUGAUGCUGCCCCGGGACCCCGUGUUCAAGCCCAGGGACGAAGACGGGGCGACGGCUAACCCUUCACUGUGACCUCCCAGCCCCCCAAUAAACCAGUGCUAAUAAUAA